UCAAGCUCAACCUCCGGGAAACACAAUCCCCGACCCGAUUAGCCGGGCAUCCGACCAGCUAUUGGAAACCCGCUAGCACCGUGCAUCGUGCCUUCAUCAAUCGCCUUGUGCCUGACAUUCCACAUUCCACAUCGAGAUAUCGCGACGCGUCCCACUGCCUGCCAUAGGUGUACGGUACUCAGUGUAAGCGGUGCGGUGCGGUAGGUAUAAGACAUGUCUUCCCUUCCACCAAAUCCCACGGUACCAGCAGCAUAACACAAUGCUCCCGCACCUCCUCUCCCUCGCGAGCCUGUUGCUCGGCGCUAGUGCGACCUCUUGCAAAACCUCCCCCUCCGACGCCUCCUGGCCAACCACCGCACAAUGGUCCAGCCUCAACAGCACCGUCUCCGGCCGGCUCCUCUCGACCAUCCCAAUCGCCUCCGUCUGCCACCACGGGCCCCUGGGCUCCUACAACAGCACCGCCUGCGCCGCCCUCCAAGCCGCCUGGUCAUCAGCAUGGACCCACCAAUCCCACCCGUCAUCCAUCAUGUCCCCACUGUUCACCAACCGGACCUGCCUCCCAUCCACCCCGUCCACCGGCGCAGAGGGGGAGUGUACACUAGGCUACUACCCCGCCUACGUCCUCAACGUCAGUAGCGUAGCAGACGUGCAGGCCGGCGUGAACUUCGCGCGCGCCCACGACCUGCGCCUCGUCGUCAAAAACACUGGCCAUGACUUCUUCGGCAAGAGCACGGGGCGGGAUGCGUUAUCGCUGUGGACGCACUGGUUGCGUAGUAUCGAGUUCGAGUCGUACUCCGGGGUUCCAGCGGUGCGUGUCGGCGCGGGGGUCAGUACCGUGUCUGUAUACGAAGCAGCGGCGGCGGUUGGGCGCGUGGUGGUGGGGGGUGAGCAGCCGAGUGUUGGGUUCGCGGGCGGGUAUGUAGCCGGUGGAGGACAUAGUCCGCUCACGAGCAGGUACGGGAUGGCUGCGGACCAGGUGCUCGAGAUGACGGUGGUUACGGCGGACGGCGUUGUGCGGCGCUGCGCAAGGGAUGAGAAUGGGGAGCUGUUCUGGGCGCUGAGGGGCGGGGGCGGCGGGGUAUUUGCCGUGGUCGUCGAGGUCGUUGUUAAGACGCAUGCGGAUGGCAUGGUUACCACCAUGCCGCUGCAGUUUGCGACCGAGGACACGGAGGCGUUCUGGGCGGCCGUACGGCAGUUCUUUGCACUCACGCCACGGCUGGGUGCGCUGGGCGUGUACAGCUACAACAACAUCAUGCCGGGUAGCUUCUCCUCGACGCCAGUGCUGGCGCCGAACAUGAGCGCGGCGGGGCUCUACACCGAGCUCGCGCCGCUAUACGCCACGCUGCGGGAACACAACAUCACGUACUCCGCCAACGCGACGGAGUACCCGCGCUUCCUCGACGCCUGGCGGAACUCCUUCCCGACCGAAGUCGCGGGAAUAAUGUCCGGCAGCGUGUCGCGGCUGGUGCCGACGGCCGUGCUCACGAACUCCACGACACUAGAUACGUUCAUGGACGCGUAUCGCGCGGCCACCGACGAGCUGUACUACUUCGCCGUGUUUGGCAUUUCGCCGCCACCCGGCAGCGAGGGUGAACAGGGCAACGCGGUCAAUCCCGCCUGGAGGAGGGCCGGAAUGCAUAUCCUCGCGGGCUACCUCAUUCCCGAGAACUCGACGGAGCACCAGGUCGUAAAGCAGAGGGACUGGGCGAAUGAGGUGUUUCAGCCCGUGCGCGACGCGACGAAGGGCGCGGGAUGUUAUCAGUCCGAAGCGGCACUCACGGAGCCGGACUGGCAGACUGCGUUCCAUGGGACGAACUAUGAACGCCUGCUGCAGGUUAAGCAUACGUGGGAUCCGACGGGAUUGUUUUAUGCGACGAAGGGAGUGGGGAGCGAGGAGUGGGAAGUGGAGGAUGGGAGGUUGUGUCAAGUUUGAUGUGAGGUGUAGACAGGUGCUAGAGUGGG